CCCAGGGAGAGGGUUGGCCGCAAUGAGCCUCUGAAGAAGGAGCGUCCCAAGUGGAAGAGUGACUAUCCCAUGACAGAUGGGCAGCUGCGCAGCAAGCGGGAUGAGUUUUGGGACACAGCACCCGCCUUUGAGGGGCGCAAGGAGAUCUGGGAUGCCCUGAAGGCAGCUUCCUACGCCGUGGAGGCCAAUGACCACAGCCUGGCCCAAGCCAUCCUUGACGGAGCCAGCAUCACCCUGCCCCAUGGGUCCCUGACGGAGUGCUAUGAUGAGCUGGGCAACCGGUACCAGCUGCCUGUCUACUGCCUGGCACCUCCCGUCAACCUGAUCCUGGAGCGGAGCGAAGAGGAGGCAGAGCCGGCCGAGCCCCUGCCCAGCAGCCGCCGGGAGUUCGGCCUCAAGGUGCGUCUCUCCACGGGCAAGGACCUGCGGCUCAGCGCCAGCAUGGGCGACACCAUUGGGCAGCUGAAGAAGCAGCUGCAGGCGCAGGAGGGCAUUGACCUGGCCUGGCAGCGCUGGUUCUUCUCGGGCAAGCUGCUCACUGACCGCAUGCGGCUGCAGGAGACCAAGAUCCAGAAGGAUUUUGUUGUGCAAGUGAUUGUCAACCAGCCCCUACCGCCCAGGAACUGA